CGCGUGCUUAUGACGCAGAACGUAGGGCAGGCCCGACGGAUUACAAGAACGUGAUGACGAGAGUCGCUCUCUCUUUGCCCCAUCGACUGCGAGAAUGAAGACCAUCCUCAGCAAUCAGACUGUCGACAUUCCAGAAAAUGUCGACAUCACCCUGAAAGGACGCACAGUUAUUGUGAAGGGUCCCCGAGGAACCCUCCGGAGGGACUUUAAUCACAUCAAUGUAGAACUUAGCCUCCUGGGAAAGAAGAAGAAGAGGCUGCGAGUUGACAAAUGGUGGGGGAACAGAAAGGAACUGGCCACUGUACGAACUAUCUGUAGCCAUGUCCAGAACAUGAUCAAGGGUGUUACACUGGGCUUCCGAUACAAGAUGAGGUCUGUGUAUGCUCACUUCCCCAUCAACGUUGUUAUUCAGGAGAAUGGUUCUCUUGUUGAAAUCCGAAAUUUCUUGGGUGAAAAGUACAUCCGCAGGGUUCGAAUGAGGACAGGUGUUGCUUGUUCUGUUUCUCAAGCCCAGAAGGAUGAAUUAAUCCUUGAAGGGAAUGAUAUUGAACUUGUUUCAAAUUCAGCGGCUUUGAUUCAGCAAGCCACAACAGUUAAAAACAAAGAUAUCAGAAAAUUUUUGGAUGGUAUCUAUGUUUCUGAAAAAGGAACAGUGCAGCAGGCUGAUGAGUAGGAUCUCAGGUUUAACUUCUGUGAGUGACCAGUCUAUGGAACUGGAGUGAAUAUUUAAGCUCUCAUGAGGACAGAAAUAUGAUAGUUAGCUGAGAACUCUACUGUGGCCUUUCUUUAGAGGUAUGUUUUGUAAGUUCUUUGCUUUCCAAAAUUUUCUUCUCUUUCGCCGACGAAACAUGGUGAUGGAUAUCAGGAGAACCACAGUGGAAACGAAGCAGCAACCAAAGAAUAUCAGCGGUUUCUUCUGCAGGAGAAGGGAG